UGCCUUCCCGUUAACCUAGGCCGCUUCAGCCAAGAGAGGCGCUGGCGAGCGGGUGGGCUGGCGGGGGCCCCGGCAGACGGCCGCUCUCCCGCGGCUCCUCGGACUCCCCGGGCGGGACAAAGAGGUGAAUUUAGAACUUCCUGGACAGGGAUUCAGCAACUCCAUUCCUUAGGAAAUCAUUCCCGGUUAGCAACGUACCAGAGACACGAUGUCUUCUGGAAACGACUGUCGACCCCAGACAUUCACCAAACCGGCACUUGGUGAAAAAGAAGUGACUGAGUUGGUUGACAGGGUGUUUGGAUUAAAGGUGUCUUGGAUCAGGCCACUCCCCAGCUACGACGAUCAGAAUUUCCACGUGCGUGUCUCAAGAAACAAAGGUGCGGCUGACGGCGCUGAUGAGUAUGUCCUCAAAAUCACCAAUUCGGAAGACAGCCAGGAGCCCGACCUCAUCGAAGCGCAGACCCAGGCCAUGAUGUUUCUCAGCGCUGAAGGCUUUCCUUCAGCUACUCCCUAUCUUACAAAAGACGGUAACAUAAUGUCUCUGGAGUCGGGAGACAGUGGACCUGGGAACAAAAAGUACAUGGUCAGACUGCUGACUUACCUGCCAGGUACGCCUGUAGCAAAAAUUGCAACAAAUACUCAGAUUUUCUACGAGAUCGGUAAGCUAGCUGCCAGUUUGGAUAAAGCUCUCUCAGAGAAAUUCCAUCAUCCAUCAGUAAAAAGUCUGCAUCGAGGUCAGUUCAUUUGGAACCUGGCGAACGUUCCCCUUCUGGAUCGGUACAUUUAUGCCUUGGGCCAGAACAAGUAUCGUGACGUUGUGCAACAAGUUAUUGAGCAGUUUAAAGGGAAAGUAAUACCCAAGCUAAGCAGCUUUCGAGCCUGCAUCAAUCAUGGAGAUCUUAAUGACCACAACAUUCUAGUAGACUCCAGUUCUGCUUCCCUGGAGAAUCCUCAGUACAGAGUGUCCGGCAUCCUGGAUUUUAGUGACAUGAGCUACGGGUGUUAUGUAUUUGAAGUCGCAAUAGCCAUCAUGUACAUGAUGAUCGAGAGCCCGGAUCCCCUGAGCGUGGGAGGGCAUGUUCUCGCAGGGUUUGAAAGCGUCCUGCCGCUCACGGAGGAGGAGAGGGGUGCCCUCUUUCUCUUGGUGAGCGGGAGGUUUUCUCAGUCCCUUGUCAUAGCGGCCCACACGGCUCUGCGGUACCCAGAGAAUAAGGAAUACCUCAUGAUCACAGCCAAAAGCGGGUGGAAGCACUUAAUGAAAAUGUUUGAGGUGGGCCAAGCAGCUGUAGAGAAGGCGUGGUUUGAGACUGCCGAAGCAUACACGAACCGCGCACCUGCCAAGUAGAUGGGCGGCUGCCGCGGCACCGGCGCGGGGGCAGCUGACCCUACGGCAAUAAAGGCGGCGCUGCCUG